UCCUCUCAUCUAGCAUUGCAGAGAAAAGAAUCUAUCGGGGAAAAUCAAAUUUUCCCCCGGUUUCAAACGGUUGGCCACCAUAAGACGAACACAUGUUGGCAAUGCGCCCGCGCCGCCGCCGCUACCGCUGGUGAAGUCGUCGUCGACCGUGAUCGUCGUCGUAGUCGCCGCUAUCCUAAUAAUUGUAGAUACAUUUCUCUUCUUAUGCGGGUGUUUGGUUUUGGUUUUGGUGUGUUGUGUUUGUGCUUGUGCUCCUUGGACUUCUUUGACUUGACUUUCGACUACCGUCGUCGUCCGCGUCGUAGAGACGCACCAUCCAUUUCCAUCCAGUCCUCCAACUCCAAGCGACCACGCAAACGCAGUGCACAUGCACAUUUUGUUUAUUUACGUGCAAAGAAUUGUAUAUUUUCUGGCAGGCAGGCACAUCGACAUCAGGCACAGGCAGAAGACGGCAACGACAACGACUACGACAACGGGCAAAUCGGUAGUCGGACGGACGGAUAUUUUCUUUUUUUGAAUUACAAAAUUAAAAAAAGAAAAACAACAAUACUAUGCUCUCUCGGUUUCGAAUCGGCAUCGCAUAAUGCACAGCCCCGCUGUUUUCGAGCGUAUGUUUCAAUUUCAGUUGAAUUGUGUACGCCUGCGAAGUGACUUCGUUCGUCAAUGAAGGUUAUGGUUUUCUUUUUUGAAACCAAGUUGAAAAACAAAUUUAAGGACGGUUAAGAUUUUUAAACGCCUAUCGUUUAUUUUUAAUUAAUUUUGUAUUAAAAAAGUGUACAAUUUUUGAAAUCCGCGGACUUUAAAAAGUUUUUCAAAAAAAUUAUUGUAAAAUAAAAAAAAUACAAACAGAAAUUUUGGAAUACCAGUGAAAAUUAUAACUUAUCAAAAUUUUGAAUUAUAAAAGUGUUUUAUUUUCAAAAAAAUUGAAAUUUAUCAAAAAAAAAGUGUUAAAAACCCUUUCCUCAAAAAUCUUUUUGAAAACUUUGAAUUUAAAUUUUCGAAAUAGAAAAAUUCGAAAAAAUCAAAAAAAUCUCCUUACCGGAAACUGAGAAUGAUGUUUUGAGGGUUGUUUCCGAUUUGAGAAAAAAAAUAAUAUUUGGGUUCGGAUAAAGUGUGCGUUUUGUUUCCCCCCUUUCCUCUCUGUCUCUCUCGGACAAGUGUUUAAUGAUCUAUGUGGAUUGUGUGUUAGAACAUAGAUACUCAGAUACAUCUAUGAAAUUUUUAUAUAUGUACCCAACUAUCUACAUAUUCUAUGAAGUUAAAUUAAAACGGCGAGAAGAAUAUUAAUUGAGUUGUUAAAGAAAAAUAUAUUAACAAAAAUUUUAAGUGUUACUUUUUUAAAUUCAAAUUUCAAAAAGGUAUACCGUAUACGCUGUCGAGCAGUGAUAGAUACUUUUGAAGUGUGCCAUAUCCGGUGGAAUUAAGUGAACAUUUAAAAAAAAAAAUUAUAUUUUGUGCGCGAACUUAAAUAAAAAAUAAUUUGUCAGAAGUUUUUAAUAACAAAUUUAAGAAUUACAAAAAAGUAUACAAGUUUAUCUAAUUUGGAGAUUGUUUAAGUUUUUGUUUAAUGUUAAAAGAAUUAAUUGUUUUUAAAUGUUUAUUGGAAUUUGUAUAUGGAUAACAUUUAUUCUCUAAAUGAAACGAAAAAUUACUGGCUAUGUUUUAAAGCACUAUUUUAAUGGAUCGACUAAAAUUCCUCAAGAACAACAAUAACAUCAGUAUUUUAUAAACCACGCAACUAAAACCAAACUGAAUAAUGUUCAAUUUCCAAGAAAAAACAACAAAUUAAAAACUAAACAAAUAACAUUUAAAAUUAAAUCCUAAAAAUACAAUUUUUCUUACAAUUUAUCAAUUUUUAUUUAUCAAAAUAAUCGGUACUGUGGUGGUUUCGUGCAAUCAUUUUAAAAUCCACAAAAUAUUCACAUAGGUACCAGACCUAAUAUUUUUCUUUAAGACACUAUGCAUUCAAAUUCCUGCACUAUUACUCAUUCGAAUGUAUGUAAUUGUUUAUUUUCGAAUAGCUCACAAAAACGUUCCAAAAUGAAAAUAUUGAAAAAAUCAACAUCAACAGUUUUUCCAUCAGAUCUGCUUACGAAUAGUUUAGUUGUGAUUUUAGUAAUUUCAAUAUUUCAAAUAAAUUAUGUGACUUCACGAAGAAUAAACUCGCAAUCAUCAGCAGUUGCCAGUGAUUUGGAAACAAUGGAAUUUAUUUUAGAUGGCAAAUCAAAAAGUGAAGAAAAAGUACCUGUUCAUUCAAGAAUUCAACUCAGGUGUAAAUUUGAGAAUCCAAUAUGGUUUAAAAAUGACGAAAAAUUGAACACCGAAAUCCGAAGGUCAAAAAUACUGAAAUUUGAGAAAAUCAAAAAAACCGAUGGAGGCAUGUACUCGUGUCGCUCUGACGCAGAUGGAUCUUGGGCGAAUUUGACGUUGAGCGUUUCACCUGCUGGUGGUGGAGGCGGCGGUGAGAUGAAAGCUGAUUUCGCCGGAAAUAUGCAAGCGUUCUCACAAGUUUCCAGCGCAGCUGAACCUCAUCAGCCCGUAGAGUCAACUAAUGCCACCACAACAGCAACAGCAUCUGACAGUGAUCACCAACGCCAUCGUGAUAAGUCUUCUGAUGAUUAUGUGGACAAGGAGCAAGAAGAAAAUGCAGGUGAUGAUCAGGAUGAACACCCCGGAGAUGGUCAUCCUCAGGAGUAUGCGCCUCGGUUCAAGCCUCGAACAAUUCUGCCAAAAUAUCUACCCAAACCAUCGGGAAGUUUUAUUAAGCUCAAUUGUGCCGUUUAUGGUGUUCCCACACCAAACAUCACUUGGACGAAGAACGAGCAACCGAUUUCAAGAAAUAUGGGAAAGGUGGUCUACAAAAAAUGGGGCAUUCAAAUGGAAGACUCGAUACCUGAAGAUUCUGGCAAUUACACUUGUCUAGUUUGUAAUGUUCAUGGUUGCAUCGAGCACACAACAAAGCUGUUUAUUCAAGACCGUUUACGAGCACGACCAAUCAUUAAUGAAGGUUAUCCACAUAAUCAGACUGUUUUGGAAAAUAGUACAGUUUAUAUGGAAUGUAAGGUGUUGUCCGACUUAGAACCGCACAUCAAAUGGGUCACAUAUUUGUCUCAGAAUGAAUCGAUCGCCGAAUUGGAGGGUUUCUUGCGUAGUUAUUCUGCGCAAAAUUAUAUACCACAUCCGUUGAUUCGACAGUUGAAGACUGAUCCCGAUAAGACGAAUGUCCUUAAGUUAGAAAACGUUACUCACGAUGACGAAGGCUGGUACACUUGUAUCGCGGCCAACAGUUUGGGUCAGACCACAUCCACGGCUUACCUGACUGUUGUUGACGAAAUCCUUGAAAAAGAUACCGUGCCAAUAUCGCUGCCGAUUCGAAAUCAUGGAGUUUGGGUGACAAUCGUUUGUGUUGUUACAAUUCUUCUCUUUCUCGUAGCUUCAACGUUUAUUGUUUAUGUUUUGCGAAAAUUGAAGCACGAGAAGCUUCUUAAACAUCGCAUGGAAACUGUCCAUCAGUGGACGAAGAAAGUCAUCAUUUAUAAGCCCUCGGCAGAUCCAAGCAGUCCGGAGACUAUGAUUAUGCCCAUUAUCAAAAUUGAAAAACAACGAACGACGCUUCUGCAGAGUUCGAACACCGAUCCGGCGCCGUUCAAUGAAUACGAGUUUCCAUUGGAUUCGAAUUGGGAAAUUCCUCGCAAUCAACUAAUUUUGGGCAACACCCUUGGCGAGGGAGCCUUCGGGCGUGUGGUUAUGGCCGAAGCAACCGGCCUCAGCAAAUAUCCCGGAAGUUGUAUAGUGGCGGUGAAGAUGGUCAAAGAAGGUCACACUGAUGCUGAUAUGGCCAGUUUGGUUCGCGAAAUGGAAGUUAUGAAAAUGAUUGGAAAGCACAUAAAUAUCAUCAAUUUGCUCGGUUGCUGCAGUCAAGAUGGACCGCUUUAUGUGAUUGUUGAGUUUGCACCGCAUGGAAAUUUGAAGGACUUCCUCAAGAAGAAUCGGCCUCCGUCGUCUUUCGAAAUGUCAAUGUUGGAGAAUAACGAUCGUGAACACCUGACUGAGAAGAAUUUAAUUUCGUUUGCAUUCCAGGUGGCUCGUGGAAUGGAGUAUUUGGCUUCCAGAAGGUGUAUUCAUCGUGAUUUGGCAGCGAGAAAUGUGCUUGUCAGUGAUGACUAUGUCAUUAAAAUAGCAGAUUUUGGUUUGGCCAGAGAUAUCCAGGAUACGGAUUAUUAUCGAAAAAAUACAAAUGGUCGAUUGCCAAUAAAAUGGAUGGCUCCUGAGUCCUUGCAAGAAAAGUUCUACGAUACUCAAAGUGAUGUAUGGUCAUAUGGAGUAUUGUUAUGGGAAAUUAUGACAUACGGUGAACAACCUUAUCCACAAAUAAUGUCAGCUGAAGAACUUUAUAGCUAUUUGAUGUCGGGACAGAGGAUGGAAAAGCCACAAAGAUGCUCACUCAAUAUCUACAUGUUGAUGCGUCAAUGCUGGCAUUUUGACGCCAAUGCUCGUCCGACAUUUACUGAAAUUGUUGAAAAUUUGGACAAAAUUCUUCUAGCAAAAGUAAACGCUAACGAAGAAUAUCUAGAUCUAGCUCUUCCAAUACUAGAAACACCGCCAUCUAGUGAUGAAGAAUCAGACACAGAUACAUUACGGGAAACGACGCUACUUCGAUAUCACUACUAACUACACAAAGGAAAGCUGCAUCAUAAAUAGUAUUCUUGAUGUUAUAUUAUUAUUUUAUGUUUAAAGCACUUUCCUGUCAAUAGCAAUAUUUAUUAUAAUUUAUUGAAUUUAAUUUUUAUAGGAUUUUUAUAGGAAGUAUAAGAAACAAAAGAAAAUAAAAAACUCUACAAAAAGGCAUUUAACAUGACAAGAAAACGAAAAGUUUAAAACAGUUUAAAGUGGGUAUAUUUUUUAAUUUAAUUUAUAGUGCCAUUGAGAUUAUUUUAAAACAAAUCGAAUAAGACUGGUUUCAAUUGAAUAUAUUUUAUUUUUUCAUAUAAAAAGAAAAUUAAGUGACCGUAAACCCACUAGUCAAUACAUAUAAACACAUACCUGUCGAAAGCAUGAAGGCAUCACAAACACAAACAUUUUAAACGAGAAUUAUAGGUUAGCUUUUUAAUUUUAUUCCUCAAAGUAAUGUUUUAACUUUUAAAAAUCGAGUGAAAUAAAAAUAUGCAAUAACUUAUACAUAAUAAUAGAAAACAUAAUUUGCAAUAAAAAAAAAACAAAAUAAAGAGCAACUUAAUUUAAAUAUUUAAAAAAGAACAAGUUGUAAAAAACUUGAAUUAUUAACUAUAAUAUGUACUAUGUAUAUAGGUUGUAAAUAAAUUAUUUAAUUUAAGACAAAUUCAUGAUAUGAAAUUAGAUUUUAAAUAAAUAAUAACAUUUAGAAUACAUUUAACACAUCAACUUCGAAUUUCGAACAAGCUUUUCGAAAAAUCAACAUUUUUCUAUAAAAAGCUUGUAAAUUAAACACAUCAACGAUCAUCACACUUCAUUUAUUAACCUACAACAAAAAUUUAAUUUAAGACUCUAAAUAUAAACGAAUUAAGAUUCUUAAGCUUAUAUUGUAAUAUAUUAUGUGCCAAAGUUAAUUUUAAAUUAACCAUUAAAAGAAAAAAAUUAUACAAUCGAUCGAUUUAAAUGUGCAACUUUAGUGUUUAAUUAAUAUUGCACAUGAACAACAAACAAACCUAAAUAUUUUAUGAAUAUAUUUUGGCAAUUAUUUUUCCAAGAAGAUAUUAAAUUAGUUAAUUAAUAUUAAUUUUGUUAACUGUAAGGUUGUAUAAAAACGAUGAUAUUUUUGUG